CUAUCACUGUCAGGAAUGCUUCACCACAUCAUUGCUGAUGGAUGUGGUGUAUUCUUAUUUAUUCAAUUGUUCUGUUGUGUUGGUUGUAGUUGUCUCUCAUCUGGACCCGACACAGACUGAUGACUUAUGAAGAAGACGGUGAAAAACAUUUCCAUGGAUUAUUUUUCAUCAUAAAUGUCUGUAACUCUCUAAAAAAAAAGUCGGUGUUUCUGCUCUGCGUAUGUUCUGUGGGUGAUUUCUAUCUGUUUGUCAGUAAAUUGUCUGUCCAUCUGUCUGUCGGUUGUUACCUGCCAAGUCAGUAAAAGAACAAUAAAAGCAAGAGUGAACAGCUGGGGGUGGGGGGUCAGAGGAGGUGCAAUACAGUGCACAGAUCCUCAGAUGCUCAGGUGGAAAUUGUGACAGAAGACAUCAGCACCUCUUCCACUAACACCACCAACCACAUCAGCUGCUGGACAGACAGACAGACAGACAGGCAGACAGACAGACAGACACACUGUCAUCUGGUCACAACAGCAGCAGAGUUCAGUGUGAGAUGAGAAGAGAGAUUUAAACUCCAAAAAUGCUGAAGCGACGUGCUCUGCGAGUGAGGAACGCUCUGGUGCGAGAAUGCAUGGCUGAAUUCUUGGGAACCUUCACCUUGUUGCUCUUUGGCUGUGCGGCUGCAGCGCAGGUCAAGACAAGCAGAGAGACUAAAGGCCAGUUCCUGUCAAUCAAUAUGGCCUUUUCUGUGGGUGUAAUGUCAGCCAUGUAUCUCACCAAGGGCAUCACAGGUGCUCAUCUGAACCCAGCAGUGAGUCUGUGUUUCUGUGUGUUGGGCCAGGUGCCCUGGAGAAGGCUGGUGCCCUACUGCCUCUCCCAGGUGCUGGGGGCUUACGUAGCAUCAGGACUUGUUUAUCUGGUCUACUAUGAUGCUAUAAUGGCUUUUAGUGGAGGAAUAUUGACUGUAUAUGGCCCAAAUGAGACAGCAUCUAUCUUUGCCACAUAUCCCUCAGAGUACCUAACUUUGGGCAGAAGCUUCCUUGACCAAGCCGUGGGCACUGGCAUGCUGAUGUUGUGCAUCCUGUGUUUGGGUGAAAAGAGAAACACCCCUGCUCCCCCAGAUCUGAUUCCUGCUAUAGUGGCAGUGAUCGUCCUGGGGAUCUCCAUGUCCAUGUCAAGUAACUGUGGUGCUGCAAUAAAUCCUGCUCGGGACCUGGGGCCACGCCUCUUUACUCUGACUGCAGGCUGGGGCACAGACGUGUUCACGUGUUACAACUACUGGUUCUGGGUUCCCCUGUUGGCUCCACUUGUCGGAGGUGUUGUAGGUACUUUCACGUAUUUGGUCUUCAUCGACUGGCACCUGCCUGACCCGGACCAGCCUGAGAACGUCUCCCUUGAAUUCACCAUCACUGACAAAAUGAAGCAGGCCAGCACCACGUGGGACGGUGGAGCAGAGUUAAAGACUGAACGUUUCUAAGUGUUACAUACAAGCACGCAUGACAAAACCGCUUUCUUCCUUUCAGACAGUUAAGGUCAGUAAUCUGGUUUUAAAUUAUGUUUGAGAAAGUAGAAGCGGGUGGGUAGUCACUGUUAAGUCGCGGACACACACACCUUGUGAUCUUCUGUUGUGAGAACAACAGUGAUAUCUUUUUUGGUACGCUGUAUGAUCUAUAGUGAGCUUCUACACUCAGUCAGUAGAGGUGGAGCCAGCUGAAAGAGAUAUUGAUUACAUGUUAAUACUGUUUAGAUUAAUGUCUGUAUUCCAUAGAAUAUUGGCUUAAUCUUGGUAAAUUAUAUUACUGAGUUUUAUGUGCUUUUUUAUGAAAUUCCAUGAUGAAUGCUGAGCUAAUUAAAGAAAACUUUACUGAAGUAAAA